ACUCUACAGAUUCCGCUAAUCACCUUCAAACGUGAAAAAGAAGUGGCACGAAAGUUGAUGUUCGAUGGAUGCUGGAUUACUGAAGAUGAUAACGAAGAAAGUGGAAUCAUUGAUACAUUACUUUGGUUAGUCACAUUAUCUUGGAUAGUGAGACUAACUGAUUUAUGUCGUUUUAGACUUCUUACUCUGACUGACAGCUACCUUUCAAGGUACACGUGCUGGUUGUGGAUUGGCGUAAUUUUGACAAACGGGCAAUUCCUCUACCGCGUUUUCUACAUGCUGUGCUCGGCUUUCGGAGUGUUUAUUUCGCCAUUCUUCUACGCCUUCCACUUGAUCGACGUCGUACUCUCUUUCCCUAUGUUAAAAGCUAUCUUACAAUCUGUGACCCACAAUCUGCAACAGUUGAUCCUUACCAUCAUGAUGACUUUGGUGGUAGUGUAUCUGUAUGCUGUGCUUGCGUUCAAUUUCUUCCGUAAAUUCUACGUCCAAGAGGGUGAAGACGGCGAGGAACCGGACAGGAAAUGCCAUAACAUGCUUACAUGCUUCAUCUAUCACUUCUACGCUGGUGUAAGAGCUGGUGGAGGUAUUGGUGACGAGCUGGAAGCGCCUUACGGCGAUGAGCUAGAGUAUCCAAGAAUGUUCUAUGAUAUCUCAUUCUUCUUCUUCGUCAUUAUUAUCCUGCUGGCCAUCAUGCAAGGUUUGAUCAUCGACGCCUUCGGUGAACUUCGAGACCAGCAAGAAUCGGCAACAGAAAAAUUGGAAUCGUCAUGCUUCAUUUGCGACAUUGGCAAAGAAACAUUUGAUCGAUUGCCAAGAGGUUUUGAAAUACACGUAACAAAGGAACACAACUUUGCUAACUAUCUAUUUUUCCUGCAACAUCUAGUGAACAAGGAUGACACCGAAUAUACGGGACAGGAGACUUACGUAAGAGAAAAAUAUGAUAACAGAGACUGGGACUUCUUCCCAGUAGGAGAAUGCUUCGUGAAACAAUACGAAGAUCAACUAUUGCAGUCAUAA